GUCCUGAUGGGUGUUCUGGCUCUGCCCCCUGUGAGGUGGCCUGCAGAUAAAAAGGAGGUGGAGGCGGUGUGAUCUGCUCUCCUGCACACAGAAUCUUUAUCUGAGGUUUCAGAAUGUACGGAAACAACCAAGGAAACCAGUACCCUCCUGGUUACCCAAACCAUCCUCAGCAGAUGCCGGGGGGGUACCCUCAUCCUCGGGGCUCUGUCCCACCACCAAACUACCCCCCUCAACACGGAGGCCAACACGGACCAGGACCGGGUUAUGGGCCAGGACCGGGUUAUGGUCAGGGAACUGGAGCUGGUUGUGGACCAGGUUUUGGUCAAGGCCAAGGACAGGGCCAUGGCCAAUGCCACGGUCAGGGUCAUGGGCACGGACACGAACAUGGACACGGACAUGGACACGAACAUGGGCAUGGACAUGGACACGAACAUGGGCAUGGACAUGGACCAUGUCAUGGAGAGGGCCAUGGCCAUAAACACAAGCAUGGUCACAAGCAUGACAAGUGCCACAAGAAAGGAAAGGACUGUCACGGGUCCUCCAGCAGCUCCUGCAGCAGCGACUCGGACUAGAUGAAGGUUCCUGAUUGGAUGAGAAACAAGACAAGCAGGAAUCAUUUUCCUCAUGCUAUAUAUUACAAUCAAUAUAUUACUGUUAAAUAAUUCUUCAUGUACAAUUAAAAAAUAGAUUAUGUAUCAAACAUUAUUGUAUCGCUGAUGGUGUUUGUGUGAAUGUAAAAGUGCUUUCUGUAUAUGAAAAUGCUAGUAAAGUAAACUAGCAAUGGCUUAGUUUUUUCAUUUGCUUUUUGUAAGGAACUAUUACGGCAGUGCAUGCUUUUGAUAUAUUAUUAUUUGAGCGCUCUCUUGUGUUUUACAUUUCAUCUGACCUCAUGGUUUCAUAUUACACUGUGUGGGUUAUCUAUCAGUGUGUAUUCAUAUUAUCUUAUUUACCCAGGGAGCGUUGAAUUAAGACCUUUGUUCUGAGUGAUUUUGAAAUAGUUACACACCCUGCGGCCAGGGGCGCCGCCAGGGAUUUUGGGCCCCAUGAAAAGAUCUCACAUUGGUUACUUACAUUUUUUUUUCUUAAUGUUCUAAAAUUGUUUGGGCCCCUGUUGAUGCUUGGCAUUCAGGCCAAAGAGAUCCAUUUUGGUUUCAUCAAACCAGAACAUUUGGUUUCUCGUGGUCUGAGAGUCCUCUAGGUGUACCAUGGGGGCUUUCAUGUGCCUUUUGCUGAGGAGUGGCUUCCUUCUGGCCACUCUACCAUAAAGGCCUGAUUGGUGGAGUGCUGCACAGAUGGUUGUCCUUCUAGAAGGUUCUCCCAUCUCCACAGAGGAACACUGGAGCUCUAUCAGAGUGGCCAUCGGGUUCUUGGUCACCUCUCUGACUAAGGCCCUUCUGCCUUGCUGCAAGCUCUAGGAAGAGCACUGGUGGUUUCAAACAUCUUCCAUUUGCAAAUGAUGGAGACCACUGUGCUCGUUGGGACGUUCAAUGCUGCAGAUAUUUUUCUGUACCCUUCCCCAGAUCUGUGCCUUGAUACAAUCCUGUCUCUGAGAUCUACAGACAAUUCCUUGGACCUCAUGACUUGGUUUGUGCUCUGAUACGCACUGUAAACUGUGGGACGACAGCUGUGUUCCUUACCAAGUCACGUCAAAUCUAUUUAAUUGACCACAGGUGGACUCCAAUCAAGUUUGAGAAACAUCUCAAUUUUCAGUGUCAUAGCAAAGGGUGUGAAUUCUUAUGUACAUGUGAUAUUUCAUUUGAUUAUUUUUAACACGUUUGCAAAAAAGUCUUUAAAAAACGUUUUCACUUUCUCAUUAUGGGGUAUUGUGUGUGGAAUAUUGAGAAACAAAAUGAAUUUAAUCCAUGUUCAAAUAAGGCUAUAACGUAAAAAAUGUGAAAAAGGUUAAGGGGUAUGAAUACUUUCCGGAUGCACUGUAAGUAUCACAACCCCUGUCAAUUAUAAUUCAUAUACAUCACA